AUGCCACGUAAGCUACGUAAGAAUAUACGUAAGAGGAAGGGAGCAUUGAAACAUCCAAUAGUAAAACUGACACCACAACAACAGUUGCAACAACAAAUGAUGAAUGACCCCACUAUGUUGCAACAAAUGUCAAGCAACCCUAUGCUUUUAAACCGAGUUAUUGGUGCACAGAGUGGAGGUUUAAGAGCGGCACUUUUAGCGAAAAUGGCAGGCUAUGGUGGAGCUGCAGACGGAACAGCUUAUAACCCUCAAAGUCAAAUGAAUUUGAGUUCACUCAAAAAUCAAAUAACAGAUGUCAAAAAGUCAAACAUAGACAUACAGAAACAAAUAA